AUGGUCCAUUCCCGACUACUUUUGGGCCUGCUCGGCCUUUGCUUGGCUUUGCCGGACGACUGCGAGGAGGGCGAAUGUGCCGUUUCCUUUCGUCAGUUGCGAGGCCAGAAGUUUGAGUCUGACAUCGCGGAGCAUGAAGGAUUUGCGAUGGGCGAAGACAAACCCGUCAAAGUGGUCGAAACGAUGACCGAGGCUCCAGAAACGGCCCCAGGGGCUGAGGAGACGGCGGACACUUUCAGCAAGCCUGAGGCGAAUGCCACAGAGGAGGCCACGGCAGAGGCACCGGUGGUACAAGAAACGACCCAGGGCUCUGAGGGAACGGAGGACAACUUCAGUAAGCCUUCCGACGUGAACGCUACCAUCGAAACCAAGACGGAGGCGCCAGAGACGGCCCCAGGGUCUGAAACAACGGCGGACAACUUCAGCAAGCCGGUGGAUGCCAGCAACACCACCGAGACCACCGAGACCACCGAAACCGUCGACACCAAGCCAACGCCUGAGCCGGCUCCAGCAGUCCCCAAUGAGACGCACAUCAAGCUGCAAGCAGAGUGGGAGGAUAAGGUUGGAGGGGUGUGCUGCUACAGUGGUGCCAGCGUGGAUGACAUUUGUGGCACCUGCUUCCCUGCUGCCAUUGCAGACUUCGAAAGCAAGUGUGCUGGGGGCCGCUGGAAGUGCGACAGCUGUGGCGGUGCCUGGUGCGAGCCCAAGUGCGUCAUCAGCGCGCAAGACCCCAAGAACAUGUGCAACACGGCCUUCGACUCAGGCCAGUUUGAGGGUUUUAGGGUUUUAGGGUUUAGGGUUUAG